UUUUAAUUAUUUUUGCUAAUGGAGUCGAAAAUUCCAGGAUAUGGAGGAUUUAUUCCUCAAAAGCGGUCUGAAAGAACUGAUGGAACUGAUUUACCUCCCUCAGUUCGUUUUACUAGUACUAGUAAAGCGGCUUAUGUUGAUCAAAUGCAGUAUACGGAUCCUUUGGAUGAUAUAAUUGCACCCAGAAAUACUUCAGGAGUACCUGCUUCAGAGUCUGCAAAAUUUUAUGGUCAGAUUGCAGAUGAUGAAGAUACUCUCGCUCAAGAUGCAGUAAAUUUUUAUGGAGAUGGCUCACUGUAUUACGCGAAGGUAGAUGCUCAAAAAGAGUCUCUGGAUCAAGCUUCUUCCAAGUUCCAUUUGCAAGAUAACUCCCAGGGAAAAUCAGACCCUCUCUCUUGGAAAACAAUGACUAUGUCUUACUUAGAAGCUAAGGAGAAAACUAUGAAAUAA